UUUUCCGAUUGAAAAUUGACUAUUUUCAAAAAUCAAAGCGUAGAAGGUUCAAAACUAAAAUGUUCCUCUCGUUUUGGUUCAUAUUUUUGAACGAAAUUUUGCUCGCUCUGAGUUCUGGACUCCUCCCAACUAAUGGACAUUUUCGGAAUGCUACGGACGGCCACUAUCGGCGCUCCACUGAUUCCGAAUUUGCUACAACACUCAAUCGUAUGCAAAUGCUCUCCCGUAUAAUCAAUGGAAUCCAUUUACAAUAUGGACUAUCCAAUGGAACUAUCAAAUCAGAGGAACUGAUACCCGAGCUACUCAAUUUUGGAUCCAUUACUCCUGAUCAAAUUGCAACGAUGUCUGAAGAUAAGUUGAAGGGGAUUGUUGAUGGAAUCAAUGGAAUCACGGGGAUACUGAAGGAGACGUCGGAGGUUAAGGCUAUUGAGGAUCGGCUUUUGGUCUAUGGUUCAGUUUUGAAAACAUGGAAAGCGUCGCAGAUAACUUCACUGUACCGAAAGAUGAUGCCUACAAGGAUGAGUUGAACACUUUGAAAGGAUUGGCCGUUGAUUGGGGUAGCAUCAAUACUCUCAUUGAUGAAUUGAGCAACUUCUUAGAACUCUCUUCUAGACUAAGCAUGAACGAUGAAAUGAGACUCCAUCUUAUUAAAUUGAAAGCUUCUGUGACGUAUACGCAAACGUUGUCUCUUGUUAAGUACAAUAACUAUUCGCAAAAGGAAACUGUAAAAAACUCCGAGGUGGUGUACUCUUCUCUCCAAAAAGUUUACACUUCUUCCAUUGCUUUGAGUGAACUUCCAUCAAAAGCUUCGAAUGGCGACAAGAUCAUUGAUAUGCUGAAUAGCUUCGAAAAAUCCAUCAAAUCUCUCACAGAAGAUUCUCCUAGCAUUGGCACUUUGUACGAAUUACUGAAGUCCCGCCAUCUUCGAGUAUCUUCGGUCGCUCUCAAACACGUUUCUGGAUUCUUGAAUGGUCAUUCCGAUAUUCUUCAUUUGUUCAAGGACUUGGAGGACAAAUGGAUCAAGGAUGCAGUUCGUGAUCAUUCUGGAAAUCUAGCUAAUGCUCUCAAUCAGCUGAAGACGUUCGAGGCUAGCACACGGAAAGUUCAUCAAUCAUUUGUUUCUGAAGCUGUGAUGUUGGAAGAGGUCUCGAAGAUCCGUUCAAAGAUUCCAAAAUAUUCUGGUCUUGCUGAUAAAAUAGCUACGUUGCCGUCUAAAAUUCAUGAAAUUUUGGGAACUCCGUCUGUCAAGCUUCCAACCAGUGAUAAGGACAAAGUCGAUAAAGCGAUACCAUUAAUGGCUCAACUACCGGCUCAAUUGAAAGCAUUGGAGAAGUUGAUGAAUUUCUCGGAGCAGCUGAAAUUACCAGAGAACGCGAAAAAGUUGGGCAAUAUAAUUGAAAUAGUGAAUCAGGACGGUAAAAACCAAUUGGAAAACACUUUGAAAAUGUUCAAGUCCUCGACAGAUGUCAAAGAGAUUUACACAUUGCUCUUGCCGGUUAAGGAUACGUUGGAACUGUUGAAAGAUAAUCCGAUCCAUGAAACAGCUGCAAAUAUCAUCUCAAGUUUAGACAAAGUUGAAAAGUUUGCCCAGGAUAUGGCAGACUUCUUCACUGCUCUCAAUUCAAUCCGUCAGAUCGAAGAGUCAUCGUUGAUUAUUCCAGUUAUAACUACAAUCCGACAGCUGCGUUUGUCAAAUGAUCAAUUUGGAUUGACAACUGUGCUGAAUAAUCUGCCAAUGAUCAAAACACAGCUAUCCUCUCUGACUUCGUACAUCAACAGCGUCAAGAAAACGAAGCAUGCCGAGACGGACGCGUUGAAGGACUUUGAGAAGAUCGGAUUGCAUUCCCGAGUGAUUGGAACGGCUACACGUGGAAUCUCAAACAUGCAGAAGUUGGUUGAUUUCAAGGAUCUGGCAGAUAUUGGUGAUCUUGUGAAGUCUGAGGUGGAGAAGGUCAAGGAUCAGUUGAAUGAUGAAAAUGUCGCUAAUCUGAAGGCUUUGGCUGGAAUUGAAGGACAAUUGAAGACGGCUUCAGGAGAGAUUGUAGGGUACAAGAAGAGUGUCAAACCAGUAACUUCAACUAGCCUUCCCGACUAUUCCACUUUCUUCCUGGAUGCGAAGAAAGUCAAAGGAAUCAACUUGAAACUUCCAGCCAUCAUCAGUUCAAUGGAGAAGCUUAACAACUUGGUGCCAAUAAGAUCUAGCAGAGCAACGAGAUCCAGUACACAACUAGAUGGAUAUCUUCUCUCACUUCAGUCGCUUAGUAGUAUCAGUCUGGACUUCACCAAGUUUCACAAAUCGUUUGAUGGUUCAACUCAGUCGUUGCAAGAUCUUGGUGUCUCUUUUGCCAAGUACAACAACACUUUGACCAAGCAGAAGGCGGCGGCGGCAGCUCAGAAGAGUGGAGGUGGAAGUUCGUCGGCUUCUGGUGGAUCUCAGGGUGUUUUUGAAAGCAACUCGACAAUUGUACUGAUCGUGUUUGGAUGCAUCGUGUUCAUUUGUGUGAUCCUCAUUCCCGCUUCCUCGUGGUUUUACCUGCAUCAAAAGGAUCCCGCCGCACGGAAAUGCUUUGCCAUACGAGAACUUCCGAUGGAAGAGGUUAAGAAGCCUGUGAAGAAGAAGGAUGUGUCGAAGAUGGACAACAAGCCAGAGCGCGAACUUGAGAAGACACAAGAUGAGAGUAUCAAAGACGUCCCAAAACUGAUCCUUGAGCUUGACAUGUCCUCUGCGGAGAAAUACGUUGAUUGUCGUUAUGAAGCCCUUCAAGAUAUGCAUAAGGAAACAUGUAUCCCGUUCCUUAGCGAAGAGCUGAUUAAAAAGUUCUACGGAGUUAAGUUUGAUGCGAUGAACGAGAAGUACGAAGUGCCAGGGCGUGAAGCCUUGAAAAGCGAGCAGAUGAAGCAGAGAUUGCCCAUUCCACUUGUAAUGGACACACGUGUUGUUUUGAAGGACUAUGGAACGUUGUUCAAUGAUGACUAUAUCCACGCGAACCGUGUCACAUGUUCGCACGGUCUUCAGCUCAUUUUGUCUCAGGCUCCACAAGAAGCUAACGGAGAAUCAUGUGAAUCGACAAUUGAAUCGUAUUGGUGGACUGCGAAGCAAGAGAAGAGCACCCAGCUCGUAAUGAUGUGCGAUUUCGAUGAGAAGUGUCCGGGAAAAACGAACAGUUGUGCGCGCUACUAUCCGGAGUCUGUUGGAGAAUCCAUGAAGUUCAAGAACCUGACUGUCGAGUGCAAGAGCAAGAUUGCGGAAAAGGAUUUCGAAACACGGGAGCUGGAAGUCAAGUUUGAUGGCCACGAACCACACACUGUUACUCAUUCCCGUCUUGUUGGAUGGAAUCCGUUGAAUGUUCAACCUGACACUCUAUUGUUCACCUCGUUGAUUCAAAAGAUCAAGAACUCUACGACGCCUGUUAUGGUUCAUUGCAUUGAUGGAAUCUCUAGAUCUGCGGCCUUUGCAUCGAUGAUAAUUGGCUACCAGCUAGUUAUCCAAUCUCUUGGCUCUGUAAAACUUGAAGCUGUGGUAUCCUACAUUCGCUCGCAACGUGCUAUGGCGAUCACUUCGGCUCUGGAACUCGCUUUUGUUGAUGCUGGAAUUGUGAAAUUGCUUGGAUUGUUUGUCGAUGCUCAACAGAAUAAGGGAGAACUGACAAGAGAACAGUGUAUUCUGGCACAACAAGAGCUCAUGAGAUUCUACACAAGUUGCCCGGAAGCUCAAAAAUGGUUUUCUUGGCCGCAAAAACAACAGGCAAAAACUGGAGAGAAGAGAACAUACAAGAAGAUCAAACAACUCAAAGAUUAUGGAUUUGAAGUUGCACCUGAGCCAAAGCCAACGCCAAUUGCACCUGAGCCAAAGCCAACGCCAGCUGAGACAAAGCCAAAGGAUCGGCUUGAACAACGUGGAAUGGCUAAGGUUGAUGGACCAGCUCUGGAACCGGCUUAUGGGCAGAAGAAGCCACAUUGGUGAAUGAAUAGUUCUCAUAGAGUUUUGAAUGAAAUGAAAGAAAUACUUGGAUU